AUGAUUACCGAUUCCAAAGCUGACUAUUCAGAUGUUUUAAAAGGUCUUGAAGUGGGAUUCUUAAGAGAAAAUGACGAUUGGGUAAAUCGUGUAACAACUGUAAAUCAAGAUGACAUCAGAUCGUUAGAUGGGCUGGUGAAGUCGACUGAACAGCUUGUUCUCAAGUACUCCAACCCUAAUCAAAGUAUAAAGAGUGCAAUACAAAAAGUUUUCCAAAACGUUUUAGAGCGCUACCCACUUUUAUUCGGAUAUUGGAAACGUUUCACAGCCGUUCAGUACCAACUAAAUGGACUGGAGAGCUCUAUCACGGUACUUUCACAUGCUGUAGAUGCUUUCCCCCACUCCCUGGAACUGUGGUGCGAUUAUCUGAACGUCCUCAUGGCCAAUAAUCCAGACAAAGUUGAUCAGAUUAGAAUAAAUUUCCAGAUUGCAAGAAAUCUUGUAGGGUUUCAGUUCCUAUCACAUUCCUUUUGGGACAAGUAUAUUGAGUUCGAAAACGAGCAAGGACAAGUGGACCACUUGGCUGAUAUUUACAAGGUCAUAAGUCGCAUACCACUUCAUCAAUAUUCCCGAUAUUACACAGCAUACAAGGAGUUCGGGCAAAAAAAUUCUGCUACAGUGCAGGUUGAUGAGGAUAUUGAUAAAAUUUUUGCCACAACUCAACAACUGGUCAACAGUGUUUGGAAGUACGAGUCACAAAUUUCCCAGAGCUUUUUCAAUUUGGGACCGCUUGCUCAGAAAGAGCUUGAUAAUUGGGAUCAAUAUUUAUCAUUUGCCGCCGAGUCUGAAUUGGUUUCCGUAGAACUGACGAAGUCAAUAUAUCAAAGAUGUCUGAUACCGUGUCGAUAUUAUGAACAUUUUUGGUUACGAUACACUCGAUGGAUGGAAAGCAACUGCGAUCUGACUAGUACGCUCGAAAUUUAUGAAAGAGGUGCUGCCGUAGUGCCGUUGGAACAGCGUGCUCUGCGGCAAAAUUAUCUAUCGUUCUUGAAAAAAUCGUUGAGAAACAAUAAGGAGAAGGUUUUUGAUAUUUAUCUUCUCACCUUAGCAGAGUUCUCUCGUUUAUAUCCCAAAGACUCGUCAUUUGUAAAAGAUUUUUUGAUAACCAUUAAAAAAUGCGAAUUUGGGUCCAAUUUGACUCAAGCAGAUCGAGAAAUUCUGGCUCAACAAAAUGCUUAUGCAUCCUACCUCGAGGCAAAUGUUCGUACUUAUAUUCGGAAAGCACAGCGCGGAGAUACCCGACUGCAACAAAUUUUGAAUGAUUCUAGUUUUCCUGUACUUGCGAUAGAAUUGAUAAAAGUGACUCAGCUGACUUUAAAGAACACUAUCAAAACAAGAGCAUACUUCUCCGAAUUUGAGAAACUCCCGCAAAUCAAAAAUAAUACAAGCUUUUGGUUAACAUUUUACAAAUUUUUGAAAACUACGGUCGACCUGAAUGGACUAGAGAAUUUCGUCUUUAGACUGGGAACCGAAAUCCAGAUACCGGUAGUGAUUCUCAACGAUAUCAUCAGUGACUUCAAGUCGUUUUUUUUGACAAACGUCAAUAUUGACGCAUACGAAAAGAAUGUAUUCGAUGGCCGGUAUAAAAUGACCAUCGAUCCGCUAAUAGACCUCGAAUACAAAGUAAACAAUCCUUUCUGGUCGAAACCAGGAAUUACUCUAGGCAUUGAAAGUCAGAAGAAAGACAUUAAAGACAACGGCCAUCCGGGCCUCUAUCUCGACAAACCUUUGAUUUCAAAUACCAUAAUAGAGCAUGACUCGAAAGCGUUCGCAAGCGGACCCCCGCCACUACCAGUUUUCAAAAACCUUGAAAAAAUCAAUAAGCCCGCGGUACAUAAAGACUAUUUUACCAGGGAUUUUAUGAAUACAACUUAA